GGCAGAUCCGCCACCCCCCUGCCCCUCUCAAAUCGUCACCCCAUCACCUUUGUCGUUUAGUUUCCAGUUAUGUUCGGUGGAUUUGGGCAACAGAACCAGAACCAGAACCAGGGCCAGAGUGGGACCCCUAGCAUCUUUGGGAACACGCAGCAGGGAGGUCAGAAUCAGCCUUCAGGAGGGACAAGUCUCUUCGGAAACACACAACAGCCCUCGACGGGUACGGGUACCUCGCCAUUUGGCAACACCGGAGGAGGGACUGGCAGCAGCCUAUUUGGGAACACCCAGCAGCAACAACAUCAACCCGCUGCCGGGGGUGGUCUCUUCGGAAACACUGGCGCUACGAACCAACAACAGUCGUCGGGGAAUAGCCUCUUCGGCAAUCCAUCGACGAACACCCAACAGCCUGCAGGGGGUAACCUGUUUGGAAACACCGGAACGAACGCAACGCAACCUGCUGGUGGCAAUUUGUUCGGGAAUACACCGUCGACGAACACCGGAGGGAGUUUGUUUGGAAAUAUGGGCACCGGCAUGAAUGCGAACCAACCUCAACAGCAGGGGAGCAGCCUGUUUGGCAACACGGGCACCACCUCCGCUCAACAGCCUUCGACGAGCCAGUUUGGAAACACCGGGACGCAGCAGUCAACGGGCAGCAACUUGUUCGGCAAUCCCAACACUAACACUCAAAAUACACAGCAGUCCUCGGGUGGGGGCCUCUUCGGGAACCCCCAACCGUCAGGUAGCAUGUUUGGUAAUUCAUCGACCAAUAGUGCAGCCCAAUCGUCCAACGCCGGUACCGGUCUCUUUGGGCAGUCCACGAACACUAAUCCGCUCUUCGGAAACAAGCCUCCCACAACCUUGUUUGGUCAGCCCCAACAGCAGCAGCAGCAACAACAAUCUGGGCCUGGGGCAAGUACCACUACUUCCUCCCUUUUUGGUCAGUCGACGAAUCCUGGCGCGUCGCUGUUCGGUCAGUCCACACAGCAGCAGCAACAACAACAACAACAGAAGCCUCAGGGUUCACUCUUCGGAGGCGGAAAUUCGUUAUUUGGCAGUACCCUCGGCCAGUCAACGUCGAACAAUUUUCUCGCGUCACGGGCAGGGAACGCGUCUUCACAACAGCAGGCAGAUCCUCAGGCGCAGUUUGCUGCUUUGAGCCAGCGUAUAGAAGGCGUUGCGCAGGCAUGGAACUCGUCUUCGCCACAGUGCCGGUUCCAGCACUAUUUUUAUAAUCUGGUUGAUCCCGGCACUGCUCGUUUGUACGGACGUCCUCCAAAUGCUGUAGAUGAGUCGCUUUGGCAGCGCGCAGUUCGUGAAAACCCAAACCCUGAGUGUCUUGUACCUGUCCUCGCAGUAGGAUUUGAUGACCUUCGGUUACGUGUGGAUGCGCAGUCAAAGCAGGCGGCCAAUCAACAAGAGCAAUUGAAGGAGCUUCAAAAACGGUUACGAGCACUCGCCGAACUCCACCAGGACAGCAACACCUCACGGCUCCAGCGUGCUGCGCAGCUGCAGGUUCAGAUAUCACAUCGGUUGAUGCAGCUGAUUCAGCAUUUGCAUCUGCUGAUCCCUGCGGUCCGUUCUUCAUCCCUUACGCCUGAGGAAGAGGCACUUCGGGUGGCAUUAGAAGAGAUGGAGGAGGACAUCCGGCGGCCGGGUGGCGCGAGCAAGAUGCGGGGCAAGUUGAACGAGCUAUGGGCUUUGGUUGGGGCCGUCACAGCCGCCAGAGAACGAGGCCGAAAAGCUGGGACGGAUAGCCAGGCGGAUUGGGCAGUUGUGGACGAGGAAGGCCUCAAGCAGAUUGCUCAGAUACUGGCUGACCAGCAGGCCGGGAUCCAGCACCUGACCAAGGUGCUGCAACGUAAUCAGAAGGACCUCGCGGUGAUUUAUGGGCAGACACCAGAGGCGCAGGAGUACGAGACCGUGAAGGACGAUCUAUUCAGCUCGACAUCUACCCUGAGGCUUAGUACGCUGCGAUGAUGUAGACGAUGGCAUCGACUAUGAUGAUAUUGUCCAGGCCGUCGGUUGACCCCGUUGGCCUUGUUUUUAAAUACAAUAGGCAGUGCGGGCGCUAGUAGACAUGGCAUCGAGCUGGGGCUGAAGGAGCCCCUUUACAAUUGGUUCGGGGCUUGUUAUUCGUGGUCACAUUAUACUACAAC